AUGAAACAAGCUCAGGAGGAUGUGGUAUCUGCCUUGAUAGAAAAUGACCUAAAGUGGCGCCAAAGGGCAAAGCAACACUGGCUUAAGCAUGGAGAAAGAAAUACCCACUACUUUUAUAUGCAGGCAAGUCAAAGAAGAAAGACCAAUACCAUCAAAAGGGUUGAGGCCUCACAAGGAAGGUAUGUCACUGAGCAGGCAAAGAUUGGAGGUGUGUUCACAAGUUACUUCUCUUCACUAUUUACUUCCACCCAUCCCUCAAAUUUUGAAAACUGCAUGUCUGCUAUGGAAACAAAACUUGAUUUGGAGAUGAAGGCAUGGUUAAUGAUCCCUUUCAAUAGAGAACACAUAACAGAGGCUAUUUUUCAUAUGAACCCACUAGGGUCUCCUGGCCCUGAUGGUUUCCCAGCUCAGUUUUAUCAAAAGCACUGGGAGGUAGUCGGUGAACAAGUGUGUAAUUUCGCACUCAAAGUCCUAAACCAGGGUGGAUCUCUUAAGGAGGUUAAUGACACUUUCAUUACCCUCAUACCAAAAAUUAAAAACCCUAAGAGAGUUUCUGAUUAUAGACCUAUUAGCCUGUGCAAUGUGGUGUACAAAAUAGUCUCCAAAACCCUUGCAAACAGGCUGAAGGCCAUCCUGCCUAAGCUCAUUUCCCAUAACCAAAGUGCAUUUGUACCCGGGAGGCUCAUUUCUGAUAACACACUAGUUAACUAUGAGAUCCUUCAUACCAUGAACUCAAAAAUGAAAGGCAAAAGAGGUUUUAUGGCUAUGAAAUUAGAUAUGAGUAAGGCCUACGAUAGGGUGGAGUGGCAGUUUGUUGAAGCUAUUAUGGCCAAGAUGGAGUUCCCUCCACAUUGGAUUAACUUAAUUCAGACCUGUCUUCAGUCUGUUACAUACUCAAUACUGGUUAAUGGUGAGCCUCAAAGGUCUUUUUUGCCCUCAAGGGGCCUUAGACAAGGUGACCCUUUAUCCCCCUACAUCUUCAUUCUAUGUGCAGAAGCCCUCACUGCCCUUUUAAACAAAGCUGAAGGCUGUGGGUUCUUGACCCCAAUCCCUAUUGGAAGAGGCUCAGUAUCAGUGAAUCACCUAUUCUUUGCAGAUGAUAGCCUGCUCUUCUGCCAAGCUUCAACUGAGGAACCUAGACAUGUGCUCAACUUACUUGAUAUAUAUGAGAAGGCCUCAGGACAGGUGAUAAAUAAAGACAAAUCUUCAAUUUUUUUCAGCAAAAAAAAUGGCCAAGCAGUUCAAAAACAAAUUUUGGAGAUUGCUGGAGUAAAAUCUUUGGGCUCUUUUGAAAGAUACUUGGGUCUACCUGCAUUGGUGGGAAGAGCAAAGGUGGCAUCAUUCCAUUCUCUAAUUGUCAGGACAUGGAGUCGAGUUACAAACUGGAAAAAUAAAUUUCUCUCUGCAGCAGGGAAAGAAGUUCUCCUCAAAGCAGUCCUUCAAGCCAUACCUACCUAUGCCAUGGGCAUGCUUUUGAUACCAGCCUCCAUCACUAGCAAAAUAACUCAACUACUCAGGAAAUUCUGGUGGGGCUUCAAUGAAGAUAGCUCCAAAAUUCAGUGGGUUAAUUGGAAACAACUCAGUUUUAGCAAAGACAUGGGAGGGCUUGGGUUUCGAGAUUUGAGAAGCUUUAAUUUAGCCUUACUUUCCAAGCAAGGUUGGAGAAUUUUACAAAACCCAAAUUCUCUGGUUGACAGGGUUCUUAAGCAGAAGUACUUCAGCAAAGUGGGGCUUUUAGAAGCCAAAGUGGGGAUAGGGCCAUCUUUUGCCUGGAGAGGUAUUCAUGCAGGCAUAAGGCUCUUAAAGGAAGGUCUCAUAUGGAGGGUGGGGAAUGGAAAACAAGUAAAUAUAUGGUCAGAUAAAUGGCUGCCCUUCUCCCAUCCAUAUAAGAUUCAGUCCAUUCGAGAUGGGGAUUGUUGGUGUGAAAAGGUUUGUGAUUUGAUUGAUCCCCAAGUGCAGCAGUGGAAGGAACCUUUUCUCCAACAACUCUUCACCCAGCAGGAAAUUGAUGAUAUUAAAUCAAUAACAAUUAGUCUUGGGGGGAGAGAGGACCAGUUAGUCUGGCAAUUUACGACACAUGGGAGAUAUACUGUCAAGAGUGGUUAUCACCUCAACAAAAGUUUGGAGUGUGGACUAGAAGGGGAGACAUCAAGCAAAGCUAAUGAAAAACAAGCUUGGAAGGCUAGUUGGAAGUUGAGAGUAACCCCUGCUACCAAAAUGUUUCUAUGGAGAGCAUGCAAGGAGGCCCUACCAACUCUAGCAAAUCUGAGAAGGAGGAAAGUAGUGGAACAUAGUUCAUGCCUGAUCUGUAAGCAAGAGCCUGAAACUUCUGGACAUGUUCUGUGGGGCUGCAUUGCUGCAAAGGAUGUGUGGGGUCAGGGAGUAAAAAAGGUGCAAAAACUAUCCUUUCAAAGUGAUCUAAUAUUUGAUAUCUGGUCAAGAAUGGUAGAGAUCCUUAGUUUAGAGGAACUUGAAGAAGUGGCAGCUACUAUGAGGGGCAUAUGGACUAGAAGGAAUCAUACUCUUCAUGGUAAAGACUUCAAACAUCCAAAUGCUCUCCACCAACUGGCCAAGGCAGAACUGGUAGCAUACAGGGAAACUCUCACUUCCAGAGACCAAACAUCUCGGCUGGUUAAGACAAAAUCAUUAGCAUAUUUUAACUCUGCAUCACUGUCUCUUGAAGCAUCAUUUGAUACAGAUAGCAUCAUGGCUGAAGGUGAACAUCAUGAUAGGGAAAUGUCAUGGGAUGUUUCUAAGGUUUAUGACAGAUUGGAAAAUCAAAAAUCUUUAAGUGGGGGUGGAAAAUAUCAUUUGAAAGAAUCUGAUGAUUUACAUGCUAGGCCUGCAUUAAUCUCUAAGAAGUUAGAGUCCAUAGAGCUUAAGAAAGUCAAUCAGUUGCAAGUCCUACCCUCAACUUCUGAAAAAUGCAACAUAUGUGAGGACCCAGGGCAUGUUGAAGAAGUCAUCCAAAUUUCAGCUGGAAAAAAUGAACAAUCUGGGCCAUCUACACAAGGACAAAGUCAGUAUACCCCCUAUGCAACAGCUGGCCAAGGCUCGGGACCCUCUUAUUUUGCAAAUCAGCCCCUCCAAUGUAGAAAAGGGGAGUGGAAGACAACUAUUAGCCUACAAUAG